AUGGCAGUUGUUGCAAUCUUCAGCUCCCUUCUCAUCUGCUCAGUGAUUGCCAUUAGUGAUGCUUUGAGCACAAAUUACUACGAUAAGACGUGUCCUUCGGUGGAGAGUAUUGUCUCAAAUACAGUCAAAGAAGCAUUUCAGGCUGAUAAAACCGUCCCUGCAGCUGUGCUUCGUAUGCAUUUCCAUGAUUGCUUUAUAAGGGGAUGUGAUGCUUCGGUGCUCCUAGAUAAAUUUGGGAACAGUAAAGUAGAGAAAUCCGGUCCUCCAAACCUUUCAUUGCAUGCCUUUUUUGUCAUUGAUAGUGCAAAGACGGCAAUAGAAAAAGCAUGUCCUGGGGUUGUCUCUUGCGCUGACAUAUUGGCUUUAGCUGCAAGGGACGCGGUAGCCCUUGCUGGUGGACCCACUUGGGAUGUGCCUAAAGGAAGGAAAGAUGGGAGAACAUCACUUGCCAGUGAAACAAGACAGCUUCCAGCACCCACAUUCAACUUCUCUCAGCUCCAACAAAGCUUCGCUCAGAGAGGCCUAAACCUUGGUGAUCUGGUGGCUCUUUCAGGAGGACACAGUCUCGGGUUUUCCCACUGCUCAUCGUUCCAGAACCGAUUGCACAACUUCGAUGCAACUCAUGACAUUGACCCCUCAAUCAAUCCUUCCUUUGCUGCCAGCUUAAAAAGAGUGUGUCCUGCACACAACCAAGUGACAAGUGCUGGUUCCAGUAUGGAUCCUUCACCAACAAUGUUUGACAAUACAUAUUACAAGCUAAUUCUCCAAGGAAAAAGCCUGUUUUCUUCAGAUCAGGCCUUGCUCACAUCUCCAAGCACCAAAAAUUUGGUUUCACAAUUUGCUAGAUCCAAGAAAGCUUUCUAUGACGCAUUUGCCAAGUCUAUGAUCAGGAUGAGCAGCAUCACAGGAGGACAGGAAGUACGAAAGAAUUGUCGAAUAGUCAAUUGAGGUCUAAAGGCCUUCGAGAUAUAUAAAUUAAAUGUAGCCAUUAAAAGGUUUAGUCAAGGCAAUCAAUGCAUUGCCUUUGCAUGACGUGUGUAGUCUUUCAUUUUCCCUUUCCUAAAGGGAGCUUCCACAGAAGGUUCACCUUCACACAUCCUUGCUGAUGUGGAUUAGUAGUUGAUGGAUGAUUGCCAAGAUCCCUAGCAAAGGAAAAAAGGUCUUGGACUCUUGGUUGAGUCUAGCAGUGUGCUGUUUUAGGGUUUGCAUUAAGUGUAUCGUUCUCACUUCAGUUUUACGAGGCGGGUACCCGUAAUCCAGUAUUGUAUUUUGUAAUGAAAUAGCAGCAAAUAAACUAGCAAUUUGUGAUCUUAA